UAUAUCAAAGGUCCAAUUUUGAACCAAACUUGUCCACAGGUGCUAGCAUUUGACGACCCAUUUUCUCAGUGGGUUUUGGCGUUAAAGUUUGCUUCUUUGUUCAUGGAGAUGGAAUCGGUUGAAGAAAACCACCAAGUGGAUUUCAAUGAGGAUGAAUAUGGUGAGCCCUCAUUGUCUCUAGAAGCUUCUGCUAUAUGUGACGUCUUUAGUGAUCCUCAGGUACUCCCUAGAGUAGGAAAUGAAUAUCAGGUUGAAAUUUCCCCUCUAUCAGCUGCAUCUUACUGUUCUGGGCUUAUAAACCAUCAAACUAAUCCAAAAAUCACUGCUGAUGAUCCCUUUGAGUUUCUAAUGGGGUUACCCAUUCCAGUAAUGAGGAUAUGUGAGGAAGUUAAGAGUAAAAAGCAUGAUUCAGAGGUAGCUUUUGAUGUUGCAGUUGGUGUAGCCAACAAAAAUGGUUCUUUAAAAUCUAAACGCGUCAAACAGAUGGACAGUGACAACUCAAAACUCAGUGCUGAGCCAAUGGAUAUUAAGUCUGCUCAUGGGAUGAUAUCAAGUAAGUCAGUGAAGUUGGGUUUGAAACAAGAAAUGACGAGUGAAAUGCAUGAAAAGCGUAAGGGCAGACAGUACAGUCUGGUUCCUGGUUCCUCAGUUGACCACUGGAGUGACAUAGAAAAAGAUAGUUUUCUUCUUGCUUUAUAUAUAUUUGGGAAGAACCUCCUUCAGGUGAAGAAAUUUAUUGGGAGUAAACAGAUGGGCGAUAUAUUGUCAUUCUACUAUGGAAAAUUUUAUAGGUCUUGCAGCUACAUAAGAUGGACAGAACGUAAAAGAAAGAAGAGCAAAAGAGGUAAACUAGGAGAAAAUUUAUUUACAGGAUUAAGGCAAGAAGUGUUGUUAUCUCGUUUGCUUCCCCACUUGUCAGAAGAAGACCAAACUACUUUACUUGAGGUAUCGAAGACAUAUCGAGAAGAAAAAAUGUUACUAGAAGCAUAUGUAUUCAUUGUAAAGGCUAAAGUCGGAUUGAGUGCUUUUGUACAGGCAGUAGGAAUCGGUAAAGGGAAGCAAGAUCUAACAGUGCUUCGGAAAAGACCGGCUCCUUUAGCUCACGGUACCCCUUUGGCGAACUGUGGUUUAGUUUCUCCAGAGUUGAAGGCUGCCAUGACUCCCAGUAAAAGAUCAAAGAAGGGCAAGAAGCGAGGAGCUGACGAAGUCGCCCAAGCUGAACUGAGAAGAGAUAAAAGGGUGAGCUCUGGGCCUUCUACAACCAGCUCAGAUCAAGCUUCUCUGGUUCCCUUUGUCAAUUCUAUAAUGAAGUCUGUUAGAGAGCCAGCCAAGGGUAUGAACCCUAUCGAGCAUCUCCAGAGGUCCUAUGCCCAGGCUGCGCAGGUCUUGUUCGACCAAUUUCAUGCCUAUGGAGAUGUCAUUGGGGAGUUGCAGAAGGAGAGCAUUACAAGAGCCGAGCUGGAGAAGGAACGGGCCAAAGUGAAAGAUCUGGAGGCACAGCUUGGUUUUCUCAAAAGAGACUUGGAGAAGACAAAGACUAAGGUGGAUGAGCUGAAUGCUGAGCUCAUCUGUGGCUCAGGAGGUGCAGAGGAGAGGUAUAAGGCUGCCGUAGAGCACUUCAAGAAGUCCAAGGAGUUUACCCAGAUGAAAAAUGACCUGAUUAACCAUGGGAUCAUUCGGUGUAUGAAUAUCAUGAAUGCCUACUUCCCCAACCUGGAAUGGAAAUGCUUGGAUGGUCCACCUCCUGAUGAUAAAGAUUUGGAGGCGAAAGAGGAUGAUCGAACACGAAGGAAGCAAUCAGCAGGGUGACUGGCCAGAUAAUCAAACGUUGGGCAGAUCGAAGAGAUGUGUCCUGAAUUUUGGUGCCAUGAUAGUGCCUGUUCUUUUCCUUGUGCAUCUCAGGAUAUGGCUCCUUUAUAAUUAGUUUGAUCAGUUGUCUGGUCUUGAAGAAAUUUGGGGAGGAAGAUGAUGCGCCAAGAUCAUCACGCAAUCCUAACUGUUCAAGAAAGUGAGUGAUACAAGUACUUAUUCCUUCACUGACUAGUAUAUGUGUAGUGGUUAUAGUUAGUUAUGUCACUUAGAAGAACAUGCAUUAAGGCUACAAGUUGGAAUGAAUGCUCUUGUACAGGCAGUAGGAAUUGGUAAUGGGAAGCAAAGAUCUCACAGGCAUUUCCAUGGGAAAUUCGUAAAAGAGAUAGUUUCACUGAGUAGUUUUAUAGUUGUUGUAGCUCCCCCAUUCGGCUAAUCUUUUCUCUAAACUGUUUCACUGUGGAAUUUUGAGAGUUCAACUCCUCCAUG